UGUGAAAUCUUUUCAAAUACUACCAUUCUUUUCUUGCCCUUUGGCUUCGUCACCGUUUUCGUUCAUUUCUUCUGAUUUCGGAUCGAAUUCUGUGAUGGAGCAGAGGCAGAGAACCCAGAAAACGGCUCACCAAGAACAACAACAACAACAGCAAGAUGAACAGUUGGAAGAAAUGCAGCAUGGCCCUUUCCCUGUCGAACAACUUCAGGAGGCUGGAAUCGCGGCCCUUGAUAUAAAGAAGUUGAAAGACGCUGGUUUAUGUACAGUUGAAUCUGUAGCAUACUCUCCUCGAAAGGAGCUUCUGCAAAUUAAAGGAAUUAGUGAAGCUAAAGUUGACAAAAUUGUUGAGGCAGCUUCGAAACUGGUCCCUUUGGGUUUCACUAGCGCAGGCCAACUCCAUGCACAGCGGCUUGAAAUAAUUCAGAUAUCUUCAGGGUCUAGGGAGCUUGAUAAGAUCUUAGAUGGAGGAAUCGAAACGGGAUCUAUUACUGAGUUAUAUGGCGAAUUCCGCUCUGGAAAGACUCAGCUUUGUCACACCUUAUGUGUAACUUGCCAACUUGUUGAAUUCUACUUUCUUUUCUUUGGAGUCAUGUGGUUUGCACUUAUGAUAGUGGACAGUGCAACUGCUCUCUAUAGAACUGAUUUCUCUGGUAGAGGGGAGCUAUCUGCCCGCCAAAUGCAUCUUGCAAAGUUUUUGAGGAGCCUUCAGAAGUUAGCAGACGAGUUUGGUGUAGCGGUGGUGAUCACGAAUCAAGUUGUGGCCCAAGUGGAUGGUUCUGCUAUGUUUGCGGGGCCUCAAGUCAAACCAAUUGGUGGUAACAUCAUGGCUCAUGCUUCGACAACAAGGCUAGCUUUGAGGAAGGGAAGGGGAGAAGAACGGAUUUGUAAGGUGAUUAGUUCGCCAUGUUUAGCCGAAGCUGAAGCCAGGUUCCAGAUUUCUGCAGAAGGUGUAAAUGAUGUCAAGGACUGAAUACCUUUUUUUUCUGUUUCAAAUUUGGUUGGGUUUUGGUGAACACAUAACAAUUUGAGCCAAAUGGGUUUGCUUUUAAUCCUUGAUCUCAAAUAUUUGGUUAAGAACACAGUAUUCAACAAAAGUUGGAUAAAGAGGAUUCCCCAUUUGAUCCAAUUUAUUGGAAUCUUGAUGCAUAUGUUAUGUUA